CGGGGGAUCAUCAGGCGAAAGGCGGUUGAAGGGAUAUCCGCGGCUUUGAGCAUCCUGUUGGUUGUUGUUUGUCCUUUAUAUAGGUACACUAGACUCCAACCACUUUUCUAUUUCUUCAUUAUUCAUAGUAGUGUAUACACGACUCGUUUACUUUUAGGUUCCUUGUCAUUUCGAACGUCCGUGAUCAAACGAACCGUGGAGAUUAGACGAGAGACGAUAAAUUAUCAAAACUCUCAAAAAAAUCUUGGAGAGUUUCCGAGAAAACAAAUCAUUUUGGAUCAAUACCUGUCAUAUCAUAGAAAAAAAGCGAAGAUGGCGUCCGUCGAUAACAGAAUUCCCGUUUGGCUAGAUUGCGAUCCGGGUCACGAUGACACCUUCGCCAUUCUCCUAGCCGCCUACCACCCAGCCAUCCGCAUCUUGGGUAUCUCUACAGUCUUUGGCAAUGCGUCGUUGGAAAAAACAACCCGCAACGCCUGCUCCAUCCUAACCUCCAUCUCCCGCUCGCACUCUAUCCCCAUCUACAUCGGCGCCUCUCACGCUCUCCACCGGCCCACCAUGCACGCGCCGACCGACAUCCACGGCGAAUCCGGUCUCGACGGGACCGACCUGCUCCCCACGCCUCUCGUGGGCCCCAACACUUCCGUAGACGCCGUAACCGCCAUGUCUACGGCUUUACGCUCCUGCGCCCCCGGAACCGCCUGGGUGGUAGCCACCGGUUCCUUCACCAACGCCGCCGCCCUUUUUAUUCAGCAUCCGGACCUAGUCACCCACGUCAAAGGCCUGUCCCUAAUGGGCGGCGCCUUCGGCAACGGUUUCACCCCGGCCAUCCUGGGUACCGUCGACGGCGUCCCGCGCGUGGGGAACUGGACGCAGUUCGCAGAGUUCAACGUCCUUGCCGACCCCGAGGCGGCGCACGCGAUUUUUUCGAACCGAGAACUGGCGGGGAAGACGACGCUGAUUCCUCUGGACCUCACACACAUGGUUCUGACCACUGAACAAGUCCGCGAUUUGAUCCUUUACGGGCCCGAGGGGAAGGAGGCGCACCCGGAACUGCCGCAAGAUGGGAGCCAUAAAGGGAAGACGACGCUGCGCACCAUGCUGGUGGAGUUGCUCAUGUUCUUCGCCAAGACGUACGCGGACGUGUUUGGGAUUACGGAGGGCCCGCCGCUGCAUGAUCCGUUGGCUGUGGCGGCUGUGUUGACGGGGCUUGUGGGUACGCCGCUUGAGAAGUAUCAGAUUCCUUUCUGGGAUUUUACUCCUGGGAGUGUGGAAAAGCACAGGGAAAGGUUUGAGGUUACGGUGGUGACGGAGGGAAGUUAUGAGGAUGCGAGGGUGGGUGGGGCGAAGACGGGCAUGACGGUUGCCAAGCUCCUGCCCGAGGGUGAGGAGGGUGUGAGGAUACCGAGGGGAUUGGAUAUUCCGCUGUUUUGGAAGGUGUUGGAGGAGUGUGUGAGCAGAGCGGAUGAGGCGAAUGCGAGGGGGGAGGAUGUGCUUCCUAACUGAAAGGGGUUGUGGGUUGCCGGGUUAUAAAGGGCUUGGAUGUGAUGAGAUUUUGACUGAACGGUUUUUACAGGACGUAGAUGGCACAAAGGAGAUUUGCACUGCAGAAUACCCACAUCUAGAGGACGCUGCUUGGAGACAUCAUGACAGCUUGUAGACAUAGAUUAUAGAACUACUUCAUAUCACUGGGUAUAUAUUAUCAUAUCUUCGUUCCCCC